GCGCACUAGCGCGACAUUCGUUGACGUUUGACGUUCGAUAUUCAAAUUCUCCCAGUCGAUAGUGCAGUGCUCCCAGUUCUGUGUUUGUGUAUAUCUACUCUUUAUUUAAAUAAUAGAGGGCUAGAUUCUGUUAUGAACAGUUCUGUGCAUAAUUUGUGAAGGAUUUAUGUUAUUGCUUCGCGCGAAUCUGUAAUUGGAUUAGAAGCACGCUGAUCAGAUGGCGCAGUAAGGCAACGACUGACAUCCCCUACAAAUGCUAAUCAACCUAAUGGAAGGCGACACGAUAACCACGAACACUCUCAUCUCGUCGAUAAAAAAAUUCAACACCGAUGGCAAACAACACGGCACUAUAAAGGCUUUACUGAAAAACUUCAUCCUACCUGAAACAGAGAUGGCUAUCAAAGAAAAUCAAAGUAACAGCAACAAAUGUAUUUAUUCAGUACCUGCUAAACCGCCUCUGCCUACAUUUACGGAAAGAAUGAAGUCCCUACAAGACGCGAAACAGGCGUUUUUAAAUUCAACCGUCAGUUCUACUACACCACCUAGUCAUGAAACUAGCAAAGAAAAUCACACCGUACACUACGCACAGAUAGCUAUAACCACAGACAGUGAAGAUACCAGGAGCACAGGUGGAGGCAAAAACAUGAAACAUUCAUGCGCCACCAACAACAAAGAAUACAGCAUUCCAAUUAAUGUAUCUCCGAGUAUUAAGAAAACAGUGGAACAGCAUCAAAGAAAAGUUAGCUUUAAGAUUAAAAACGCCACGACAUCACACAAACGACCACCGUUAGCCAAAACAAUGACGAUAACAAGCAGUAAAGUUGCAGAACUCACAAAGAAAUUCAACAACUUACAAACUGACACACACAAUGUUGCCUCGCCGAAACAGUCUAAACUAGUAAAGACCUUAGAAGAAUUGCAGUCAGCGUCACGAUGUUCCGCCAGCAACAGUUCCACACCCUCAUCAACGCUCAGUUCAAGUCCAAAUAUAAAAAUAGUACUACGACAAAGGCGGAGCUCGAAAAAGCGCCACAACAGAAAAAGAUGUUCAAGCAUGGAUUCAAUGGAAGACUUAAUGAUUGCAGAUAGUUCAAAUAAAAUUCGUGUUAUCCGUUCUAAAUCUGAUGGUACCAAAAUGGCAAAAGCUUCAAAGAAGCGUUUAAAGUACCAAGAUUCAAGUGAACAACCGAGUGGAUCUGAUUCUGUUGAUGGCAGUCCAGUCAAAAUUAAAGAAGUGGAAUCAAAGAAAGUAAUCAAAGAAAAUAUCAAACCGGCGCAAAGUAAUGCAGUUAAGAACGUCAUCAAAAAGUUUGAAUGUGAAAUAACAGCUCAAUCUAAUUCAAACAAUACGCUAAGAAAGCAACCUGAUAAAAUUAAGAGUACAACACCAUUAAAGGAAAAACCGAAAGUACCUGAAAAGAAAUCAUCACUAGUGUUAACCAAAAAUCUUGUAGUAAAAGACGGAAUUCCAAAAAUUAAAACAAUCAAACCUGUAACAAAUGAAUUAGUAAAACUAGAUAAUAAAACAGACCAAAGUGAACGUGAAAUCAGUAAAAAGAAAGAGCCUUUGUAUGAUCGCAAAAGGUAUAAAACAAAUUAUAUCCACUCCGAGAAAUUACCUUUAAAGGUUGUUGAAAUAAUACCUGAAGAUAUUCACGAAAACAGUAUAGUAACAGAUACUGUGAGUAAUGAUCAGAAAGAAGAUUCAGUUCCAUCUAUAAACGUUCUAGGACCUAGUGAAGAUGAAAAGAUUUAUCAAGAAAUUAAUUCACCUAUAACACCCAACGAAUCAUUUCUGUGGCGCCGGAAAAGCAGUACACAAAUAUAUUCAGACUCAGAAAAAUCAGAUAACUCAUACAGUUUUGUUAGUGUUUCAGCAAAUGGUACAACCAUAACUUGUUCAGAUGAACCACACGAAAUUAUACCAGAAUCUCAAGUUGAAACGAACGAAUCUCGAAUAAUUAUCUCAACACAUGAGCAGAAACCUGAAACUAACAUGGACUUUGAAAGCAAUCUCGUUGAAGCCUGCAACAAAGAAAUUAUCAUCGGCUAUACAUCGAAACCAAAACAAGAAGAAUUAGAGGAUUAUUACGAACCUCUAGAACCGAGAGACGAAGAAAAUGUCGUGAUCAUUCCAAUAAAAAAUGUAGAUAGAUCUUCUAAAAUAAAUUGUCCUUUACCGGAAAUUCCUAAGACCGAAAAUGAUAAACAUGAAGAAGAUAAGUGUACAGACAAAGAAAACAUUUACCAAUGUUUACUUGAAAUGAGAUCACAUCCUGAAGGUGAUGAGAGUUGUCUACAUAACUAUGAACUAUGUGAAAACGAACUUGAGGAGAGAACAAGAGGCGAUGGUGAUAGUGACGAUGGGUAUGAAUACUGCAAGUCUCCCAUUAAACCAUAUUGUGUAACUUCAAGCUCUGGUAUCCAAAUAGCUGAGGGUUAUCAACCAAGCAAAAACUACGCAAUUUCAAAGUCGGUGAGUGGCACGUCUACUGUCAGCUAUGAAAAAAUAGGAUCAGAGAGGAUUUACGAGAAAAUUCCUGCUCGACCGCCGAAGUCAAAAGACAGUAGUCCCACGUAUAGUAGUCGACAUUCCUUUAUUUCCGACUACACGGUGUAUAACGAGAACGAAAAUAUAUAUGACACGAUAAAACAUGGCGACGCGGCGUCGCUGUCGCAUUGUUACGAGAGCAUACCUAACAGCCCGAGUAUGGUAAAGCUUAGGGGUAUGAAGAAGCAGGUACCCUCGAACGUACAGAAGCGUCUCUCGUUUGACACGGUGUCGAAUAUCAGCCAGUCAACGAUGUCUAGUGAGCAGAAGACUAACAGCCUGUAUGGCCAGAGGUCGGUGAUCAGCUACAACGGACAGGAGAUCGCGUUCCAAGUCCCAAGCAGCGAAACCAGUGUCAGUGACAGAAGCGAUCGCAGCGACGACUGGGUAGAUGUAUCGGACGAAGAAAAAAAUGAACAAAAAAUCAUUAUCGUACGCGAAAGAAGUCGGGGCAGGAAGAGCCCAAUCAGCUGGUCGCAGAAAGUCAGACAUCAGUGGCAGAAAUCACCAAAACCCAGCAGUAAUGAAGGUUAG